AUGGCCAUCGAGGAAGUAAAAAGAACCGGGCCUGGUGAGGUCCCGGACCAUGAUUCUAAGGACAACACCAAGAUCGAGGCGACAAAUGAUUCCGACUCUACUUCCUCGCUAGAAGACCGACGCGGCACGGUCAAGAAUGUGGAUUGUGCUUUCGAUACUACAGAAGAUCCCCGAUACUACAAGCCCAUUGAAAGCUACGAGGGCUAUCAUCGCUGGGAUCCUGAAUUUGAAUGGACGGAGGAGGAAGAGAAGGCAGUUGUCCGUAAGAUCGAUUGGCGCGUCUGCACAUUCGCCUGCAUCACAUUUUUCGCACUGCAGCUAGACCGUGGUAAUGUCGUCCAAGCCACUUCCGACAACCUACUAUCAGAUCUCGGUAUGUCGACGAGCGACUACAACCUAGGUCAAACAAUCUUCUUCUUGACAUUCCUAUUCGCCGAACUUCCAUCCCAACUCAUCUCCAAAUGGGUCGGUCCCGACCGCUGGAUCCCCAUCCAAAUGGUCUCCUGGAGUUUAAUCGCGGCGUGCCAAUCCUUCAUGAAGAGUAAGAACGGCUACUACGCCUGCAGAGCCAUGCUCGGCUUAUUGGAAGGUGGAUUCAUCCCGGAUACCAUCCUCUUCCUCUCAUUCUGGUACAAAACCAAAGAGCUCCCCAUCCGCCUCAGUUACUUCUGGAUCUCCUACGAGUUGACAGCCAUCGUGAGCGCCUUCCUAGCCUACGGCUUCCUGCACAUCCACAACUCCGACGGCACAGGCGGCUGGCGCUAUCUCUUCGCCUUCGAAGGCCUAAUCACAGGCGUGAUCGGCAUCAUCGCCGCAUUCUGGAUGCCCGCCUCCCCCACCCAAACCGCCGGCUGGCUCCGCGGCAAAGACGGCUGGUUCAACGAGCGCGAAGAGAAAAUCAUGGUCAACCGCGUCCUCCGCGACGACCCCAGCAAGGGCGGCAUGCACAACCGCCAGCCCGUCACGCCCAAGAUGCUCUGGAAGGCGCUGGGCGACUACGACAUGUGGCCCAUCUACCUCUUGGGCCUGACCUGGAUGAUCCCCAGUGUCCCCGCCACCAGCUACAUUAGUCUGGAGCUGAAGUCGCUCGGCUUCAGCACCUUCCACACUAACCUGCUGACCAUCCCGGCAUAUGCGAUCUUCAUCGUCAACCUGCUCUGGAUAACGUGGGUAUCUGAGCGGUUCAACCAGCGUCUGCUGCUGGGUGUUUUCGCAGAGUUUUGGGCGCUGGUUCUGCUUAUUGCGUUGGAGGUGCUUCCGGAUGGAGCGAGUGCGUGGGCGAGAUGGAUUCUGAUCGCACUUUUGAUUUCAAUGCCGUAUGUGCAUGCGAUUAUUGUGGCGAUUGCGUCGCGGAAUGCGGGCACGGUUAGGACGCGGACGGUCGCGACGGCGCUGUAUAACAUGUCGGUGCAGAUCAGUAAUAUUAUUGGUAACAAUGUUUACCAGACUACCGACAAGCCGUAUUAUCGCACUGGUAAUGCCGUGUUGAUUGCGCUUUCGGUUUGGAGUGCGUUGUUAUUCAUUGCGGCCAAGAUGUAUUACGUCUGGCGCAACAAGCAAAAUGCUGCAGUCUGGGACAACAUGUCCAGCGAAGAGAGGGAGCGUUAUGUGGUUGAAAAUGCCCACCUGGGUAAUAAGAGAGUUGAUUUCCGUUUCGUCCAUUAG